UGUGCGUGUGUGAGCACGUGUGUGUGCACUCACCUCUGUGCAUGUGUGUGCACACGCGUGAGCAUGUGUGCGUGUGCACACACCUCGGUCACGUGGCCGUGCACGUGUGCAUGCGUGUCCCCUUGUUGUGACUUCGCAGACCAGGAUGUGGCAGGUGUUGGUUGAGGGUUUGUUGACUGAAACGGAAGCAGUCGUUUUACGUUCGCUCUCAGGAGCCGGUAUGUCUCCCCGUCGAGAAAGGUUUGGUCGUCCGCUUACUGUUCCAGGUUCUCCGGGACUCGAGUUCCCUGACCCUUGUGGUCUGAACCUGUCUGUCGUAAAUGGUUUGGAAACCGCACUGCAGUUUCUUUCUGAGAGGGUGAACUGCCUCGGUUGGCGUCACUGAAUGUGGUGUGUCGUCCGUGGGGCUAGGGUGUCACUGAGGGGCUUCCCUGGGCCUCAUCUGGGACCCUGAGAACCGGGAAGGUGCUUCUGCAAAGUGAGGCUUCCCGAGUGAGGUUUGCUUUCCUGCGACCAUUCUGGAAGAAUCCAGGCAGGUGUUGGUGGUGUCAACACCCAUAACCAGAGACCUUGGUUCACAGGAUGCUGAGGGGUGCGGGACCAGCCUUCUCACAGCCUGGCGGUUCACGCUCAUUCUUAGACCAGCGUGCGAGGAAACAGGAAGAGCAGAAAAGAGAAAGGAAACAAAGCAGGAUGCAGGCAUCCGGCCCGGACCCAAGGGUUUACUGACCCGCUGGCUCGAAAGGGCUUGUGGAAACGGUCAGCCUCCUCCUUCAUCCUCAGAAACUAAUCCUUCACUCAGAACUGUUAAAGAUUUAGUUGAAGGAGGAAGAAAAACCAUUGGACUUGCGUGUCCAUUUCUCCCCUUAGAACAUGUGUGAAAUUAAGCAGAGAAUCAAGGCGUCCUGGGCCGGGCCGGGUCUGGCCAUUGAAUCCAGCUGCAAAAAUCAACCCCUGGCUGCAAUUCAAGGUCCCGGAUCCUCCGAGCCCAGGAGCGAGGUGGACGCGGCAGCAUGGACCAGCCGGGCCCACCGGCUCCCGCCCGGGAAGAGAAUGAAGUCAAGUACGACACUAACAACAAUGAGGAAGAGGAGGGGGAACAGCUGGAUCUCGACGGCGUAGAUGAAGCUCCGGAAGCAGACAGAAGGGCUCCGGGCGCCCCCAAGGCCAGGGACACGGGAGCAGACAGCCCCGCCGCCAACACCACCGUCCCCGCCGCCAACACCGCCGUCCCCGCCACCAGCACCGCGGCCGGAUCAGGACACGAAAAUGGCACGGGAGUGGACACAGACGCCCUGGCGGAACCGCUGAGACCUGGGGUCCCGACGAGAGUCAACCCCUACUCCGUCAUCGACAUCACACCCCUCCAUGAGGACCAGCCGCCGCCUCCGGACCCGGAGGCCGAGGGGGAGGGCGGGGGCCUGCACGUGCCCAGCGGGUACUCGGUGCCUGUGCCCUGCGGCUACGCCGUGCCCUCCGGCCUGCCCCUGCUGCUGCCUGCCUACUCCAGCCCUGCCCUCACCCCUGUGGGCCCCGCAGAGACACAGGAAGGAGCAGAAGACAGCCAGUUGAAUUCCUUGAGUUCUGAGGAUCCAACAAACAGUGAAGGUCCAGUCCAUAAGGAGGACAGUGCUCUCGCCCGGUGGGUUGCAGAUCCGGCGAAUACAGCCUGGAUGGAAAAUCCAGAAGAAGCCAUUUAUGAUGACGUGCCAAGAGAAAAUUCAGACUCUGAGCCAGAUGAAAUGAUUUAUGAUGAUGUUGAGAAUGGAGAUGAAGGUGGAAACAGCUCUCUGGAGUACGGGUGGAGUUCGAGCGAAUUUGAGAGCUACGAGGAACAGAGCGACUCGGAGAGCAGAAACGGGGUCCCCCAGUCUUUCCUGCGCAGCGACCACAAAAAGCAACUUUCCCAUGACCUAACCCGCUUAAAGGAGCACUAUGAGAAAAAGAUGAGACAUUUGGUGGCAAACGCGGUGGGCGCGGUAGAGAUUCAGCAGCUAAAGCACAAACAUGAACUGAAGAUGCAGAAGCUCGUGAAGGCCGCCAAGGAGGGCACCAAGGACGGCCUGGAGAAGACGAAGGCUGUGGUGAAGCGGGGCCGCUCCUUCAUCAGGACCAAGUCCUUCGCCUCUGCAGACCACAGACCCUGUCUUGAAGAGGAACAGAACUUGUUCAUUGACGUGGACUGCAAGCAUCCGGAAGCCGUCCUCACCCCAAUGCCCGAAGGCUUGUCUCAGCAGCAGGUCGUAAGAAGAUACAUUCUGGGCUCGGUUGUCGACAGUGAGAAGAGCUACGUGGAUGCCCUCAAGAGGAUUCUGGAGCAAUACGAGAAGCCGCUGUCUGAGAUGGAGCCCAAGAUCCUGAGCGAGAGGAAGCUGAAGACGGUCUUCUACCGGGUCAAGGAGGUCCUGCAGUGCCACUGCAUGUUCCAGAUCGCGCUGGCCAGCCGCGUGGCCGAGUGGGACUCGGUGGAGAUGAUCGGAGACGUCUUCGUGGCCUCGUUUUCUAAGUCCAUGGUGCUGGAUGCUUACAGUGAAUAUGUGAAUAAUUUUAGCACAGCUGUGGCAAUCCUUAAGAAAACGUGUGCUACAAAACCUGCUUUUCUUGAAUUUUUAAAGCAGUGCCAGGAGGCCAGCCCCGACCGCGUCACGCUGCACAGCCUGAUGAUGAAGCCCAUCCAGAGGUUCCCGCAGUUCAUCCUGCUGCUCCAGGACAUGCUGAAGAACACGCCCCGAGGACACCCCGACCGGCUGCCCCUCCAGAUGGCGCUGACGGAGCUCGAGACACUGGCGGAGAAAUUAAACGAGAGGAAGAGGGACGCUGAUCAACGCUGCGAAAUCAAACAGAUCGCAAAAGCCAUAAACGAGCGGUACCUGAACAAGCUUCUCAGCAGCGGGAGUCGCUACCUCGUCCGCUCCGACGACGUGGUAGAAACCGUCUACAACGACCGGGGGGAGAUCGUGAAAACCAAGGAGCGCCGGCUCUUCAUGCUGAAUGACGUGCUCAUGUGUGCCACGGUCAGCGCCCGCACCUCCCAUGACAGCGGUGCCCUGACAUCGACCGGCCAGAGGUAUUUGUUGAAGUGGAGCGUCCCUCUCGGGCACGUGGAAGUGAUAGAAUACGGCGGCGGCGAGGGCGCGGGGGAGAAUGGCAGGGGUCCCGUGGUGCCCGCGCCCGAGAGCCUGGCAGUGGUGGCCGGCGCCAAGCCAAACAGAGUUUACAUGGGGCCGGGGCAGCUGUAUCAAGAUUUACAAAACUUGCUGCAUGACUUAAAUGUCAUCGGUCAAAUCACUCAACUGGUUGGAAACCUCAAAGGAAACUAUCAGAAUUUGAACCAGUUGGUAGCCCACGACUGGACCUCGGGUUUACAGAGGCUAAUUCUGAAGAAGGAAGAGGAGAUCAGAGCGGCCGACUGCUGUCGGAUCCAGUUACAGCUCCCGGGGAAACAGGACAAGUGCGGCCGGCCGACUUUCUUCACUGCCGUGUUCAAUACCUUCACCGCCGCCAUCAAGGAGUCCUGGAUCAACAACCUGCAGAUGGCCAAGCUCGCCCUCGAGGAAGAGAACCACCUGGGCUGGUUCUACGUGGAGGACGACGGGAAUCAGAUCAAGAAGGAGAGGCACCCCCUCCUCGUGGGACACAUGCCCGUGACGGUGGCCAAGCAGCAGGAGUUCAAGAUCGAAUGUGCCGUUUAUAAUCCUGAGCCUUACCUAAAUAAUGAGAAUCAGCCAGACUCGUUUUCCACGGCUCAUGGUUUCCUAUGGAUCGGAAGCUGCACCAGUCAGAUGGGUCAGAUAGCCAUCGUCUCCUUUCAAAACUCCAGCCCCAAGGUCAUCGAGUGCUUCAACGUGGAGUCCCGCGUCCUGUGCAUGGUGUAUGUGCCCGCAGAGGACAGGCCCCGGGAGCCCGAGAGCACGGGGGGCCGAGUGCUGGGCAUCCCCACCGUCUGCCUGGGGACGGAGGAGGGGAGCAUUUCCAUUUAUAAAAGCAGCCAAGGCUCCAAGAAGGUGCGGCUCCAGCACUUCUUCACUCCCGAGAAAUCCACGGUCAUGAGCCUGGCCUGCACGCCCCAGAGCCUGUACGCCGGCCUGGUCAACGGGGCCGUGGCCAUCUACGCCAGGGCGGACGAUGGAUCCUGGAAUUCCGAACCUCAAACAGUGAUAAAAUUAGGCGUCCUCCCAGUUCGAAGUCUGCUAAUGAUGGAAGACACACUGUGGGCGGCGUCUGGAGGUCAAGUGUCUGUAAUCAGCGUGGAGACUCACGCCGUGGAGAGCCAGCUGGAGGCCCACCAGGAGGAGGGCAUGGUGGUCUCACACAUGGCCAUUGCCGGCGUGGGCAUCUGGAUCGCCUUCACCUCGGGGUCCACGCUCCGCCUCUUCCACACAGAGACACUCAAACAUCUCCAGGACGUCAACGUCGCCACCCCGGUCCACCACAUGCUGCCAGGACACCAGCGGCUGUCUGUGACCAGCCUGCUCGUCUGCCACGGCCUGCUGAUGGUUGGCACCAGCCUGGGCGUCGUGGUGGCCCUGCCCGUCCCUCGUCUGCAGGGGAUCCCCAAGGUGACCGGUCGAGGCCUGGUCUCCUACCAUGCUCACAACGGGCCCGUCAAGUUCCUGGUCGUGGCCACAGCCGCCUCCAAGGCGGACAGAGACAAGCCCAGGGACAGCCCGCCCCCCGGUGCCGACCCCCAGGAUGAAGACCAGAGGGACACGCUCCCUGGUGAGGGGCCCGGGCCCUGCCCGAGCCGCAGCGGCCCCGACGCCGUUUGGCUGGGGGCUUCGCUGGGCUCCCUCGCCCAGGCCAGCGACGUCUCCUCCACGUCUGGGUCCCCGACGCCUUCCCAGGGCUCGGGUUCCCUGGGGCCCCGCUCAGAGGAGAGCUUCGUCCAGGACCCCCUGCGGCUCCCCUGCAGCUCCCCCGGCCGAGGGCGGCGGGCCAGGAAGGCCAAGGCCAGCUCCGUGCUGGUGGCCUGCGGGGGACAGGGCCACCGGCGGGUGAGCAGGAAGGCCAGGCAGCAGCGGCCGGAGGAGUUGGCCUCGUCCGUCAUGGUCUGGCAGAUCCCCCUGCUGAAUGUGUGAGCCAGGGUCGAGAUUCGGGGGUGGACUUUCAGCCACGUCACACACCCCGAGCGGUCCCGCCGCAUCUGCGCUGGCUGGGCGUGAAUCGCCAGCCGUCUCGGGGCCGAAAAGUGCAAUAUCGUCAAGGCGGCAUCUCCGGCAGCCCCUCACUCCACCCCACGCAGGGGAGCCCCGUGCGAACGCGCAUGAGGAAGGGGGGUGGACGCCAUGUUUGAGUGGGUGGGGGUCCCGGGAGGAUGCUCCCCCUCUGACCCCCGUGGUCCUUAAUAAACACGGGACGCUGCAGACCUGUUCUCGUAGCCUGUCACCUAGAGAACUCGCAGACUCAGAACUCACGGGGAAAUACAGCAUAUUCACUGGUGGAGGGGUUUAUUAACAAUUCUUAAAGUAAUUGUACUUGAUUCAGAUUCACUACUUUUAUUUAUAUUGUAUAUCUUUUAACUCCAGAAUAGAAUUUGUAACAAUGAAGAAAGCCACGUAACACAUACCAGGCCGGGUGGUGUUAAUGUGCUUUCUGAGUUGAACUGAGUUUUCCAAAGUGGUAUAAUGCGUGUACUGUAUAUUUUUAACAAAGUAGUAUUUUUAUAUCGCAUUUUUCUAUUAAAAAAAUUAACAAAGUUUUAGGCACUAUGUUAUCUGUAACGUUUCACAAAUAACGUUUGCUUUGAACCAAAAUCCUCAAUGCCUGUCAACAUUUAGACUCAAGCGUCAAUGCCAAAAUACCCACGUUGGAGAUGCGUGUGUUUUAGUGUCUCAGGAGACGUAGAAGGUGUCUUGGUCCAUCCUUUCCUGCUGUGUUUGCAUCUGUCGACCAGGAGCGCUUCUAGCUUUGAAUGCCUGUCCUGAAGGAUGCAUGGUGCUGGUCAGGGUGGGCGCCGGUGCUGGCGGCGGACACAGGACACAGGAAAGGUGGCCCUUGGUCGGCAGACUGGCACUUAGGGCCCCUUCUGCGGGCGUCAUGCCCGAGUGGUCCGUGAGUUCGCUGUGCUCCACGUGUAGUUAUCUAUCAAUGUUCUACUUACUGGAUGGUUAAGAAAAACAAUGCAGGUCCACCCGAGAUUAAUGUCUCAGCACUUUACAGGUGACUAAAAAUGCUAAUUUUAUGACUUUGCCAAAUAUUUUCCAAGGUGCAUGUGUGCCCCCAUGUGAAAGAAAUAUCUCCCCCAGCCUUCCUUAAACUAUUAGCUGCUAUCUUAUUUCAUGAAUAAAGUCUUUUUAUUUAAAAAUACAA